CGGGUCCGUACUCCAGCGUGGUGAAGAUCUCUCGGGUGCUGCGCUGUGCGUGCGUCGCAGCCAUCACUCGCCCGGGCUGCUUUCCACGAAGGAGUGCGGGGCGCUCUGCCCAGAGGAACCUUGAGGGCCAUGGCGGACUCGAAGCUGCUGGUGCCCGAGCUAAACGAGGCAGAGAAGAUGGGCGCUGAGACCAUGCGUUUCGAGGAGCUACUGCGGCAGGCCUCCAAGGAGCUCCAGCAAGCCCAGACAAGCAGACCAGAAUCCACACAGAUCCAACCUCAACCUGGUUUCUGCAUAAAGACCAACUCCUCCGAAGGGAAGGUUUUCAUCAACAUCUGUCACUCUCCUUCCAUCCCUCCUCCGGCUGAUGUGACCGAGGACGAGCUGCUUCAAAUGCUGGAGGAAGACCAAGCCGGGUUUCGCAUCCCCAUGAGCCUGGGAGAGCCUCAUGCAGAACUGGACGCAAAAGGCCAGGGUUGUACCGCCUACGACGUAGCGGUGAACAGCGACUUCUACCGGAGGAUGCAGAACAGCGAUUUCUUGCGGGAGCUCGUGGUCACCAUCGCCAGGGAGGGCCUUGAGGACAAAUACAGUCUUCAGCUGAAUCCAGAGUGGCGCAUGUUGAAGAACCGACCUUUCCUGGGCUCCAUCUCCCAGCAAAAUAUCCGCUCCCAACAGCGUCCUCGGAUCCAGGAGCUGGGAAACCUAUACACUCCCGACUCCCCGAGACCUGAGGAAGGCCCCGAGAAGCCUCACCUGAACCUUUGGCUGGAAGCCCCUGACCUCCUCUUGGCUGAAAUUGACCUCCCCAAACUGGAUGGAGCUCUGGGGCUGUCGCUGGAGAUUGGGGAGAACCGGGUAGUGUUGGGGGGCCCCCAGCAGCUGUACCAUCUGGAUGCCUGUAUCCCCCUGCGGAUCAACUCUGAGGAGAGCAAGGCAGCCUUCCAUAGGAAGAGAAAGCAAUUGAUGGUGGCCAUGCCCCUCCUGUCGGUGUCUUCUUGACCUGCUUUCUUUCUGUGCUUCUAAGUGGAGAGAAGAGGCUGGUGGCUUCUCUAAAAUGGAAAUAAAAGAUGUUUGCCUUUGUUCUGUGUCUGGCUAGGAAUGCACGGGGAGCGGGAGGGAAAAGGGACAUUGGACCGUGUCCUGGAGUCACAGAGAAGUCACUGUCCCCGCCGAGGCCUCAGCCUCUCCCCACCAGAGCCCCUCCCUGGCCGCCAGUCUCUCCCGUCGUGUUGCACACGGUCCCAGAGCCGACCCUCCCCUCUCCACUUCAGGGGUCCUCGGCUCCCCAGGGUCCCAGGAGAAGGUCCCAGAGCCCCCUGCAGCGCAGCACUCCAGGCCAUGUGUGGUGUGGUCCCCUUUAUGCUUCAUUUUCUCCCUGUCCUUCCUGUCACUCAGUCCCAGCACAGUGAAUGGUGUCCUGAGCACACCUGUGUUCUGCAGCUCCUCUUUAGUUUCUGCUGUACCCGCCCCCUCCCCUUAGUGUGCCUCGUCAAUAAAACCAGAAUUUUUUUAAAUUUUAAACUAAAAA